CUAUGUCCCAGGGAGCGAGGGUGUAUCUGCCCUGGUCGGGUUUGUGAUCCUGAGACGUCCUCUCUUUGAGGGCCUCGUGACCCUUCGCGAUGCCCUAGGGCCUCCGGGCUUCCUAGCGCCGCCCUCGCCCUCUGUCCCUCCGCUGGGUUUCGGAGCCUUGGCGCUGCAGAUGCCAGAGGAAGGGGGACAAUUUGGAGCCCAAUCCAAUCUAAGACAAUUUUGCUUAAGGGAACUUGUCUGCCACUGAACAAGGACAAGAAGCAGCCUAAGGUGCCCUUAUCUAACCGAGGGAGGCGCACUGGUCUGCAUAUAUAGAGGCAGCAGACGGGAGCUGGCACUUGGAAAAGUCAAACUCAGCCUGCACAAUGAAGAAACAGCUUAAGAAGGAGGCAGCUCCACACUGUGAGCUAAAAUCCUAUUCUAAGAACUCAGGCACUCCUGUAUCCACCAUGGUGUUGGGUCCUGAACAGAAGAUGCCAGAUGAAGAUGCUUCUGGAGACCAUGGGGACUCUGCCAGUCUCAGUGCCAUCAAUCCUGCCUACAGCAAUUCCUCUCUUCCGCGGUCCCCCGGCGGGCACUCGGAGGAGCCCUUCACUACCUACUUUGAUGAGAAGAUUGCCAUUCCUGAGGAGGAGUACUCUUGUUUUAGCUUUCGUAAACUCUGGGCUUUCACGGGACCAGGAUUUCUUAUGAGCAUUGCUUACCUGGAUCCAGGAAACAUUGAAUCUGAUUUGCAGUCUGGAGCAGUGGCUGGAUUUAAGUUGCUCUGGAUUCUUCUGUUGGCCACUAUUGUGGGGCUCCUGCUCCAGCGCCUUGCGGCUAGACUGGGAGUGGUCACUGGGCUGCAUCUUGCUGAAGUGUGUCAUCGUCAGUAUCCCAAGGUUCCACGAAUAAUCCUAUGGCUGAUGGUGGAGUUGGCUAUCAUUGGCUCAGAUAUGCAAGAAGUUAUUGGCUCAGCUAUUGCCAUCAAUCUCCUGUCUGUAGGAAGGAUUCCUCUGUGGGGUGGAGUUCUCAUCACCAUUGCAGAUACCUUUGUGUUUCUCUUUUUGGACAAAUAUGGCUUGCGGAAGCUAGAGGCAUUUUUUGGUUUUCUGAUCACUGUUAUGGCGCUCACGUUUGGAUAUGAGUAUGUUACAGUGAAGCCCAGCCAGAGCCAGGUCCUCAAGGGCAUGUUCCUGCCGUCCUGUUCAGGCUGUCGUACCCCGCAGAUCGAGCAGGCUGUGGGCAUCGUGGGCGCUGUCAUCAUGCCACACAACAUGUACCUGCAUUCUGCCUUAGUCAAGUCCAGACAGGUUAACCGAGCCAACAAGCAGGAAGUUCGAGAAGCCAAUAAGUACUUUUUCAUUGAGUCCUGCAUUGCUCUCUUCGUUUCCUUUAUCAUCAACGUCUUUGUCGUCUCAGUCUUUGCCGAAGCAUUUUUUGAGAAAACCAAUGAGCAGGUGGUUGAAGUCUGUAGAAAUAGCAGCAGUCCCCAUACUCACCUUUUUCCUGACGAUAACUCAACACUGGCUGUGGACAUCUACAAAGGGGGUGUCGUGCUGGGGUGUUACUUCGGGCCUGCUGCACUCUACAUCUGGGCAGUGGGGAUCCUGGCUGCAGGACAGAGCUCCACCAUGACAGGAACCUAUUCUGGCCAGUUUGUCAUGGAGGGAUUCCUAAACCUAAAAUGGUCACGCUUUGCUCGAGUGAUUCUCACCCGCUCUAUUGCCAUCAUCCCUACUCUGCUUGUUGCCGUCUUCCAAGAUGUAGAGCAUCUGACGGGGAUGAAUGACUUCCUGAAUGUUCUUCAGAGUUUACAACUUCCCUUUGCUCUCAUACCCAUCCUCACGUUUACGAGCUUGCGGCCAGUGAUGAGUGACUUUGCCAAUGGAAUAGGCUGGAGGAUUGCAGGUGGUAUCUUGGUCCUUAUCAUCUGUUCCAUCAACAUGUACUUCGUCGUGGUUUAUGUCCAGGAUCUAGGACAUGUGGCGUUGUAUGUGGUGGCUGCUGUGGUCAGCGUAGCUUAUCUGAGCUUUGUGUUUUACUUGGGUUGGCAGUGUUUGAUUGCACUGGGCAUGUCCUUCCUGGACUGUGGGCACACGUAUCAUCUGGGAUUGACAGUGCAGCCUGAACUCUACCUUCUCAACACCGUGGAUGCUGACUCACUUGUGUCUAGAUGACUGACAGCCUGAGAGACUGUAUAAGACCCACUUAUAAUUCUUUUGUGCCAAGUGUUCUGUUAACAUAUCUCUGUUAGUUCAGAGGUGAGUUUUGUUCAAAUGUUUAGAACAAAAGGCAAAGAUUUCCUCGUGGGAAUUGUGUUAAACACUGCCAGCUCUAAGUGUAGGUCAGAGACCCACCCCACUGCACAAUAGUCCUGCAACAGCCAAAGUUAAAUGAUUAGCUGUGAUGGCCACACACCCCAUGGGCUUGUGUCAACACUUUGGAAUUUUAAAAAUAUAUAUGUGUAUAUGUUUAUGUAAACCUGAACAUAGCAGUUUGGGCAGAGUUUUAAGGUUAUAUAAAGUUGAUAGAUCUUUUGUAUUUUUUUAAAAAACAUUGUUCAGAGAAGUCAGAUAUUUAUUUCGUCUGGAUCACAAGUGAUGAAGGUAAAGGAGACCUGCUCUUUUUCAGAAUGAACUGGUCAAACUGACUUACUUUUAAAGUGAUACUUGACUAUGGCCAGUUGAAUUUCACUUUGGUUUUAAUUGACCAAACCUUGAUAACUACUGUUACUAGCACAUCAUUUCCAAAGGAAACCUUUCUUCUGUUUGGCAGUUAAAUUUAACCCUGGUUGUUGGCGUGCUUUGUGAUUGUUAUUUUCUUUGUUGUUGCCUUUCUUGAAUAUUUUUCAGAGAUAUGAUGGUACUUAAUACCUAGUAGCAAGAUCCAGAAAUCAUGCUUUAACCAAUGAUCAGUUUUCUGCGCUGCAUCGUAACUCAGCCCAUUCUAGCAUUUAAAUCAUAGGUAUAAAAAGAAGAAUUCUAACACUUGACUUUGUGCGUCCCAGCAGAAGGUAAUGGAAGUAUUAGUUUUCUUUCCAAUGUUUGUACAGUCCCACCAUGUCUUUUCUUCCCACUUUUCCUAUUCACACUCCAAACACCAUUUCUAGGUCCAAAAUCUAUUUCCAGAAAUUUCUAAUAUUGGCUCUCCUAGGGAAUGCUAAGCAUUUUAAGAUAUUUAUACCAAGUGAUUUGAGAUUAGAACUAGACAGGGACUUGAAAAAUUAGUUCACAUGUCACAGACUGCCUGCCUUCAUGUGGACUAUAGAUUUUUUUGACCCCUCUUUGUAACCAGAAUUUUUUUUCUAUAACAUUUUUAUAAUAAAUUAAUACAGUAAGUUAAUAUUUAAAACUUGAAAGUUUCUGCAUAAUUAUCUGAUCUAAACAUCGGAAGACUUUCAACACUAAGCUGACAGUUCUUCAUGGAAGUACAAUUGACUUGAACUGAAUGGCCACUUCUCAUUUUUAAUGGAAUAUAGUCUGGGGUGGCAUCCACGCCUUCUCUCAUUUCCUUCCAGCCCAAAGACAUUGAGUUUGCAAACCUGCAACUCUUUGUAUGUUUAAGCAUCAUUUUCCUCUUUCAGCAUAAAAAUUAAAUAUCUGACCUCUCUGCCUUAUUUUAAAACUUGGUACCUUUCAG